AGCCGUUUGUUGCCAGCACUUCGGGUGCAGUAAAAAUAAAAACAAUGAAAAAGUAAGGCUUCUUCAACCGAAGGAAGUCAUCAUUGCUUCAGUCUUGAUUGGGUGCACAUCCCCGACGGACAUUCUAUUCCACGAGUUUAACGAUUGUCGGUCCAAUUCCUUCAAACAAAGCGAAAACAAGAAAAUGGCGCUAACAGAUCUAAAAAUGAGAAUGCAGACAAAGGCCUCUGUCGACACCGUCUCCGGAACCAAGGUUACAGUUGUGGGUGUCGGACAGGUCGGCAUUUCAAUUGCAUUUAGCAUCAUGACCCAGGGUAUCGCUUCUGAAAUGACGUUGGUGGACGUGAUGGAGGACAAACUAAAAGGAGAAUUAAUGGAUUUGCAACACGGAUUGACUUUCCUCGACAACAUGAAAAUAACUGCCGGUUCAGAUUACGCACUAUCUGCUGGAUCAAAAUUAUGUAUUGUGACGGCUGGAGCUCAAAUGCGUGAAGGCGAGUCCCGAUUGGACUUGGAUCAGCGCAACACGAAUAUUUUAAAAGACAUCAUUCCCAAACUUGUCCAAUACAGUCCCGACACCAUUCUCCUCAUCGUUUCCGAUCCUGUUGACUUGUUGACUUAUGUGGCUUGGAAACUCAGUGGGUUGCCAAAGGAACGUGUCAUCGGGUCUGGGACCAAUGUAGAUUCUUCUCGAUUCCGUUUUCUUCUUUCCGAACGAUUCGACGUUGCGCCAACUUCGAUACACGGCUGGAUUAUUGGAGAACAUGGUGACUCGAGCGUUCCUGUCUGGUCAGGCGUCGAUGUGGCCGGUGUUCGUUUGAGGGAUCUUAAUCCUGCGGCAGGCACUAGUGAAGACACGGAAAACUGGAAUAGUAUCCACAGACAAGUCAUUCAGAGCGCUUAUGAAAUAAUUCGCUUGAAGGGAUAUCCUUCUUGGGCGAUGGCUUUAAGCGUUUCUGUUCUUACCCGAGCCAUUUUAAAUAAUACUCGAAACGUGUACGCCGUUUCAACAUUUGUCGAAGGAAUACAUGGAGUCCAGUGUCCUGUUUUUCUUUCUGUGCCGUGUGUUCUGGGUGAAAAUGGGAUUACUGACGUCAUACAACAAACUUUAACCGAGGAUGAGCGUACUCAGUUUCAGAAAUCAGCGGCAACUUUAAACGAAGUUCAGUCAAACUUGGUGUUCUGAAAAUGUUAAGAGUUAUGUAUAAAUACAAACAGUUAUACAUA